AUGUCUUCCACGACGUCCUCCGCCACCAUCCACGCGUUGUCUGCUAUCUUUUGCAUUGAAGGUCUUCCGCAGACUAUUGUCUCCGACAAUGGCCCACAAUUCGUGUCCGCAGAAUUUCAGUCAUUCUGCCAGGCCAAUGGUAUUCAACAUCUGACAUCCGCGCCGUUUUCGCCUCAGUCAAACGGUGCCGCUGAACGAUUGGUCCGGACUUUCAAGUCACAGAUGUUGAAAUUGAAAGAGUCGCAUUCUCGGGAAGACGCAUUGUUGCUCUUUUUGUCUUCGUAUCGCUCUCAGCCCCGAGAUGGCCGCUCGCCGGCUGAGUUGCUCCACGGUCGUCCUCAUCGCACCGUGAUGUCUUUGCUGCAUCCGCCGCAUCAGGUUCCUUUGCAGCGGCAGACUCCUGCUUUUGCUCCAGGCGACGUUGUAUUUUAUCGCAACUAUAGAGGUUCACGGCGUUGGCUCGCAGGGCGCAUUCUUCGCUGCCUCGGCCGCGCGAUGUAUUUGGUUUUGGGGGCCUCUGGUGAGGUGCGUCGGCAUCUCAAUCAGCUGCGCUUCUGUCGUCGCACGGGUUCUGCCGCUCCCCGUCUGCUUUCAGCGACUGUGCCGUCCGGUCAGCGCCCUGGGGACCCAUCUACUGGCUCGCCUCAUCCCCAGGUGUUACCGACGAUGCCUUCCAUUUUGCCCCAUGGCGACGCGCCGCCGCAGCCGCCGCCGCCGCCGCCGCCGCCGUCGCCUGUUCUCCCGCCGGCGCCGCCCGCAUUCGACGCUUCGCUGCAGCCGCCAAGCGCCUCCCAGGGUCCCGCGCCGCCGAUCGCUUCACGUGACCAGCUGUCCUCCGCCAUGGAACUCCCGCCCGCUCCGGACCACAUGACGUCAUCGCGCGUCGGCUACCCCGACGCAAUGGAGGUCGACCCUUCGGCCCCUCCUGUUUCUUUACGGGCGCAUUCACCGCAUGUUGACGUGCACCCUGGACUAGGUUUUCAGGCGUUUCCUAGCUCCCCUCGGACCGAAUGGCCGGGUGCGGGUGGCACAGCCUCGCCUGUUGUUAGGCUCCCCACCUCAUCGCAUACGUCAACAUGGGGUCCUCCCAUCGGCGGGCGGAAGCCUUAUCUCACGACCGUUCGCCGAUUUGCGGGGGAGGAAUGUGGUGUCACCGCCAGACACCACACUUGCUAGGUGGUAGUUUAAAUCGACCGCGGUCCAUUUAGUACAUGUCGGACCCGCGUGUCGCCACUGUGUGAUCGCAGACCUAGCGCCACCACAAGGCAGGUCUCGUGAUACGAACAAGCACUCUCCCCAGUUGUACGGACGACCUAGCUAGCGACUAGAUGUACGAAGCCUUUCUCUCUCAUUAGCCGAGAGACAGAAUAGCCUUCAGCUAAGUUAAUGGCUACGAACUAGCAAGGCGCCAUUAGCCUUACAGUGAUUGUAAUUAAAGUCUCCUGUGUAUAGUCAAGAGCGAUGUACCACAAUGAUUGAUUAAAGAUAAGUAUUAAUCCA